AAUGAUUAUUGGGUUAUUUUUUCUAAGCCAAUUGGUAAUUUUGGCAUCAAGUUCAAAUGUGUUGCUGUUAACACCGCCAAUGACAAAAUAUUCAACAAAGAGUCAUGCAGAUAUUCUUAUUGCUCUUGGAAAAGGAUUGAUUGAAUCUGGCCAUAGAGUUAGUAUUUUAAGUCAAGGAACCAAUCGAAUAGACAAACCUGGUAAUAUAUCACUUUUCGACAUACAUUCACCAGUUUCUAAUGAACAAGUGGAAAUGGUUGGAGAGGCAAUAAGAAACAGCUCAAUUGAAAUGUUAUAUCAAAAUGUAUCUUAUAUAACAAUGGAUAAGCAAUUUAAAGCUAUUUGGUCUAGUUUUAUCGAUGAUUGUCGAGUAAUGCUAUCAGAUCCAUCAGUUGAGAAACGACUCAAAGAAUUUGAUUUAAUCAUUGUUGAUCAUUUUUUCUUUUGUGGGUUUCUAUUGGUUGAAAAAUAUAAAAAACCAUUUGUUAUGUUUGAAUGUUCAUCAUAUUUAACAUAUAUAGAAGCUGCUGUACCUGGACAAAUGUCUUGGGUUCCCGCAUUUAUGAGCUCUUUAAAUGAUAAAAUGACAAUAAUGGAUAGAUUGAGAAAUAUCAUUUCUAAUAUCUAUGUAAGAUUUUUCUUAGGAGCGUUUGACAGGAAUUUUGAGAAAUUGAAGGCUGAAUUGAAUAUUUCACCUGGUAAAAGCAUAUCUCAAAUUCGACAAGAAGCUCAACUUUUCCUUAUGAAUUCUGACCAUAUCUUUGAAUUUCCUCGUCCUUUAACGCCAAAUGUAAUACAUGUUGGUGGUAUUUUAGCAUCUCAGCCAAUAGAUACUACAACUAUUCAUCCGAAAUUCCAUGAAAUUACCACCAAAAGAUUUGGUAUUAUUGCAUUUGGCAGCGCUUUGAACUUUUGCCAUCGUCCUAACCUGUUAGAAGAUAUUCGUAAAACUCUUGUAGAAUUUAAAGAUAUUCAAUGGAUUUGGUCGUUAAAGUGUCAACUGAAUAAUGAAAAUUCGAAUAUUCAUAUUUUCGAAUGGAUUCCUCAAGCAUACCUUCUUUCUAGAGAGAAUUGUGUUCUAUUCAUAUCACACGGUGGUUUAAAUUCCAUUUAUGAAGCAAUGUAUCACGGAACACCAGUUUUAGUUAUCCCACUUCCUUCAGAUGCAAUGGAUAAUUCAGUUCGUUUGAAAAGACACGGAAUGCUGGAAAUUUUGCCAUUCAGUAAAAAAGGUGUAUCUUCCUUUUAUGAUUACAUUCUUAAGAUGGUAAGAGGAACAUCUUAUCUGGAAUCGGCAAAGAGAGUCUCCUCUCUCCUUAACUCUCAAAAGCCAAAACCUUUAGAAAAAGCUGUAUAUUGGAUUGAGUAUAUUUUAAAGUUUGGUGGUAGCCAUCUAAGACACUCUGCAAUGGAUAUGCCAAUCUAUAAACUCUAUAAUUUAGAUUUGCUAACAAUUGCACUAAUCCUGUGUUUCUUAACUAUUUGGGUAAUGAAAAAAAUAUUCAUUUUCUUUUUAAGAAAAUGUUUCAACUUUUUCAAAAAGUCAAAAAAAGAUUGA